CUGGGCACAUUGUGUGCUGCAGCACCAGCGCAUGGCGUGGGGCGGGGGCCUUGCUGGGUCACAGGGGUUUGGGGCAGAGCAGAGGAACAGACCCACGUGUGGAGCAGACCCCAUGCACACUGUCCACAGAUCCACACAGCCAAGGCUAAGGCUGACAGGAAUAUUUUACACAAAUGUUUGAUGGCACAAGAUGAGCUGAUGUUGGAGAGAUGCUUUGACUCCAGACAAUUGUUUGUGAUGCUGCUCCUGGGUGUUUUUCCCAAGGGGAAGAGAGGUGUGGAGUGGGUUGGUGCCACGGCUGGAAGGCAUCCCCAGCCACCUCUCUUCCUCCCAAGAGGUGGGACCCUAGACACAUCCAUUUCUGGGCAAAGAAGGUGAUGAUCAUCCACUUGUCGUGCUCCACCCUGCAGUGCAUUCCCUCUAUGCUGUUCUUCCGUGCAGCACUGACCUUGUUGUUAAUUAUUAAACCCCCAGCAAACACUGCUGGCUGCUUUGUCCUAGUUACACUGUGGGCUCCUCACCCUUCUGGUUGGCUUUUUUUUUUAACAAAUUACCCUGGUAACCUCUGUGGACGAAUGGAGCUGGGAGCAGCAGAUGCUCCUCUCCCAGCUAGUGCAGGAGAUGGCCUGGAGAGGCUCUGGGGUGGCUGAGAGAUGGGCUGCAUGUGGUUGGCCAUUAUCCAUUCUGUCCAGGAGUCCCUGUUCGUCUGCCAGGGCUUGGGGCUUGCAUGGAACCAGUGCCCACUGGAGUUUUGUUGCCCUCUCUGUGGGGUCCUGUGGCUCCAGACCUAGUUUGCAGGUGGGCUGGAGUCCAAGGAGAGACCUGGGUCCAGGUCCAUGUGUUCUGUGGAUGCUGAAGAGCAGCCUGGGAUGUGGGAGGGCUGGAGACCUGCUCCCUCUCACAGGCUAGGCAGAUGUAAAUAGCUUGUGGGCAGAAGCCCCUUCCAGCAGACCCUGUCCCUGGGCAUCCAGUGCCUGCCUUCCCUCUGCUCACAGCUGCCCACUGAGGGACCAUGCCAGGCCUCUAUGCCCUCUUGUCCUGGGAGGCUCUGCCCCUGAAGAGCUCCACGGUGAAGGCUUGUGCCAACGGAUACUCCCUGAGCAUCACCGCUCACCUCCUGUACACCAACCCCCACAAGGAGCCUGUGGAAGGCAUCUUCAUCUACCCUCUGGAGGAGUCUGAGGUGGUGGCUGGUUUUGAGGCAGCGGCGGGCAGCCGGCGGGUGACGUUCCAGCUCCAGAACCGGCACCGGGUGCAGGAGUGCUGCCUCCAGUGCAGCCCCAGCCCCGGCCGCCUGUCCCGCUGUGCCAGCGGCCACCUUGUCUUGGAUGAGGAUGUGGAGCGCUCCACCUUCAUCAUUGUCACCGGCACACUGUGCCCAUCGGAGAGCCUGGCUGUCACCCUGAACACAGUGCAGGAGCUGCCCACGCUGCCAGACGGGGCCCUGCGCCUCCUCCUGCCCUCCAUCCUCACACCCCACGUCUCCGCUGACCCUGAGAGCGAGCCGGCAAGCUUGUGUGACGACAGCCCCACAAGCUGUUUUGGGGGGCCAGGUGCCCGGAGCCAGUCACCCACUGUGGUGCUUGUGGACAGCGUGGAUGUCUUUCGGGGACGGCCCUACAACCCUUUUCCUUACGAGUUUGCCUUCGAGCUGCUGGUGAAGGGCCCCUGCUUGCUGGCAGGGCUGGAGAGCCCAUCACAUGCCCUGAGAGCUGACGCCGACCCCUGGGCCAAUUCUGCCACCACCACCUGUGUCACCCUAGCCGAGCCCCACCGCUAUGACAGGGACCUGGAGAUCAUCCUCUACCCUUGUGAGCCCCACAGCCCGCACCUGGUGAUUGAGGAUGGCACCAUGACAUACCCCGAGUACGAGGCGCACAUCCGGAGCCGCCGGGAUUACAUGCGGAUUGCCAGGAAGGACAGCAGUGGCGAGAGACAGGUGGCUUUUGUGCAGAAGCGUUUCCACAAAGACAUCUUCCCCAACCCUGUGCUGAUGCUGAACUUCUGCCCGGCCAUGGAGGGCGUCCCCGGGGCCCUGCAGAGCGUCACCCGCGAGAUCCUCUUCCUUAUUGACCGCAGCGACUCCAUCAGUGGCCCUGACCUAGACAAGGUCAAGGAGGCUUUGCUGGUGGCCCUGAAGAGCCUCCCGUCAGGAACACUGCUCAACCUCGCCAGCUUCGGCACUGAUAUCAAGCCGCUCUUCCCAUCCAGUCGCCUCUGCAGCAAUGAGACGCUGCGCCGUGCCUGCGAGCACCUUGGCGGGCUGCGGGCAGACCCUGGUGGCACCAACCUGCUGGCAGCCCUGGGCUGGGCGCUGGCUCAGCCCCUCCACCACGGCUACCCUCGCCAGCUGUUCCUCUUCACGGGUGCAGCAGCGGGCAGUGGAAGCAGGAUUCUCCGGCUGGUGCGCAGGCAGGCCAGCACCGUCAGGUGCUUCAGCUUUGGCAUGGGCCCACGGGCAUGCCGGCGGCUGCUGAAGGCCAUGGCCAAGGUGACUCGGGGCCGUGCCGAGUUCCUGAGUCCGGCUGAGAGGCUGCAGCCCAAGCUGAUCAAGUCCCUGAAGAAGGCGAUUGAGCCAGCCAUCAGUGACAUCACCAUCGACUGGUACGUCCCUGACAGCAUGGAGGCUCUGCUCUCACCCACCGAGCUCCCGGCCCUGUACCCCGGUGACCGCCUCGUCAGCUACUGCGUCCUCUACAGCAUCGCCCGCUUCGGGGACAGGCGCCCGCUGGGCCAGGAUGGGGCUCGCCAGAGCUCCCGGGGUUCAGCCUUUCUCUCCCAGCAGGAAGUGCCCAGUCCUGGGGAGAGCCGCCAGCCACCCCAGAGCAACCCAGGAACUGGGGUUGCCUCCCUGGACGUUUUUUCUGGAAGUACAGAGGUGUCAGAGCGGAGUAUUGAUCCUGUUUCUGGGGGAGACAUCUGGAAGCGGAUUUACCAGCCCUCCUACAUCCAGGAGCAGUAUGUCCUGACACACUGCUCUGUCAGCACUGACCGCAGCCAGGGACUGCUCUCCCGCAGCUCCACCAGCAGCGAGUCCACUGGUUCCCGGGAUGUGGCCCCCGAGGGUGGCUCCUCAGCCCCUGGUGCUGAUGUCACCUCCCAGCAGGGCCAGAAGAGCCUGUCCCUCUGUGAGUCCUCCACCAAAUCUGCCCCGCUGCCCUCUGCCCCAGCUGGCACCAAGGUGACGGUGGCCCUGAGCACGGAGGAGCUGGCGCGGCAGAAGAGGGUGCUGGCACGUGCUGCCCUGGCUGGGCGCAGCUUCUCCACGCCACACGGGGAGCUGGAUGCCCAUCGGCUCUGCCAGGCCCUGGAAAAGGUGUCUCAGAAGAGGAACCAGUCCCUGGAGGGGCGGCUGGAUGAGCUGGGACCCCAGCCACGGCAAAUGCAGCCUGGUGCAGUGGAGUCAAGUGCGUGCUGGCUCUGGGGACGAGGGAAGUGGGGUGUAGCCAAGUGUCCCUGCCUUGCUGAGCCCAGCCUUUGCCAUUGCCCAGAUAACCUCCUCUCGCCCACCCACCUGGACUGGGACAUGCUGGUGGAGCCCUCCUACCUCUUCAGUGCCUCGCCAGCGCCCGAGCCAGGGCAGCCCAGCCUGGGUGAUGCCAGCAUGCCCCUGCGCUGCCAGGUGGUGAUCCACGCGCUGCGAGCCGGCAAGCCGGUCUCCUGGGAAGUGACAGCCUCGCUGGAGUCACUGCUGCAGCCCCGGGAGGGGCCGGGCAGGGAGGACCCACCGCGGCGGGUGGCCAAAGCCUGGGACAAGCCCCUGCAUCGCCUGGCAGCGCGCUCCGUGGUCCGGGACAAUGAGAGUGUGGCACAGCGGGAAGCCAAGCUGGAGCAGGGUUUUGCCCGCCGGUUCCGCCUGAAAGCCGUGCAAACCAGCAAAGCCUGCAACGUGCCUUCCCUCUACACCCACCUGGUGCCCGUGGACGGUGCCACGCAGACAGCCCUGCCCGCGGCCCCCGAGGUGUGGGGCAUAGUUGGCUCAGCCAGCCGGACACGAGCUGCUGCAUCAGGGAACUGGCACCACCGGAGCUUCUCAGCGGGUCAGGGGCAGCAGCAGGAGGUAGAGGAGCAGGAUGAGGCCCCUGGCACUGCAGAGCGAGAUGAGAUCGCCAGGUCUCCAGGCAGCAUCUCCUCCCCUACCUUUGGCUGGGAAAAGCAGAACUACUCAAACGGGCCUCCAUCCAGCCCCUCCACCACCUCCAUGGGCUCCCAGAAAUCUACAGAGAGCAUCGCAGGCUCCAGGUUUAGCCUGAGCAGGCGCAGGGGUCCCAGCCUGGUGCUGCGCCCGCAGUGCCUCAGCCCAGAGAGCGAGCGCUCCAGCAACCAUGCCAGCCAUGACUACCUCCCACUGGUGCAGCUGCAGCAAGCCCGGGGGCCGUUCCAGCUCACCGAGAACUUCUCUGAAGUGGUGCAGAUCCCCCUGGAUCGCCUGCGCCGCGCCUCCCCCUACGCCUCCCACCGUGCCAGCCUCAGCCCCGUGUCCCCAGGGGCCAGGAGCCUGCCUGAGGCAGGACCUGGGGCUGAGGAGGGUGAGGAGCCCAUCACAGCCCCGCAGCCCAGCUCGCCCCCAUCCCUCAGCACUUGCUCCGAGGUGCCCAGCGCAGCCGCAUGGGCGCAGGCGGACAGCGGGCACGGCUCCGAGUCCGACACCGGGCCCCACUCGGCUGCCCCCUCUGAGGCUGGUGUGAGCUGUCAGGACAUGGGGCCAGAGGAUCUGGAGAGUGCCAGCUGGGCCACGGCGGUGGCCUUGGCGUGGCUGGAGCAUCGCUGCGCUGGGUUCUUUGAGGAGUGGGAGCUGGUGGCAGCCAAGGCGGAUGCAUGGCUGCAGGCACAGCGCCUGCCCGAGGGGGUGGACGUGGGCUGCCUCAAAGGGGCAGCCAGGCACUUGUUCCUGCUGCUGCGUCACUGGGACGAGAACAUCAAGCUGAACAUGCUGUGCUACAACCCCAACAACGUCUGACGGCCGCCCAAGGGGCCAAUAAACACACCUGGCUCCAAGCCACCUGCACUGGUGUCUCUGUUAUCAGCAGAGAGCUGCUGGCUUCAUUCAGGCCAUGACAGGACUCACCAGAAUCCUAGGAGGGGUCACCCCCUUCCCAGCCAUCACUGGUGGGAGGGAGCAGGCAGGGGAAUAGGAAAAGCUGUACUGG